GCACUCCUUAAACAUCCACCCGGAGUUCAUCUCCCAUUCAGAUUCUUUUUAUCUGCAUGCAUCCAUCGACAGAUGUUAUUCAGAUAUUCAGCUCCAUUUCGGCAUUAAUGUCAUUUGAUCGAGCUCCGACCUGCGAGUUCAGGUGAAUUAAAUGGCCACCGACGCUAUCAAGAACUGAGAAAGGUUGAUUCUGCAUCGAAAGCCUUUUUCUGAAUUCAGAAAAGAAAGGGCCAAAGGCAGUUCUUCAAGCUUUCCCACACUCGUCGAAUUUCGCCAGAAUGCCGAAUCUUGGGUUGGUGGUGAAGCUUUGCGGGGCUCUGUUCCUCGUAUGCUUUGCUGCCAUGGCCGGAGCAGAAUACGCUAAGUACAGAGAUCCAACGCAGGCAGUGAGAGUGAGGAUAAGCGAUCUGAUGAAGAGGAUGACUCUCGCUGAGAAGAUUGGACAGAUGAUGCAAAUUGACAGAAAGGUCGCCACCCCACAGAUCGUGAAGGAUUACUUCAUUGGAAGUUUGCUAAGUGGAGGGGGGAGUGUGCCUGCUCCUCAGGCUCCUCCACGAGUGUGGAUCAACAUGAUAAAUGAGUUUCAGAGAGGCUCCAUCUCCACGAGACUAGGGAUUCCAAUGAUUUAUGGAAUUGAUGCUGUUCAUGGCAACAAUAAUGUCUUCAAUGCCACCAUAUUUCCCCACAACAUUGGUCUUGGAGCCACAAGGGAUCCUGGUCUUGCGAAGAGGAUUGGUGCAGCAACUGCACUGGAGGUUAGAGCCACUGGCAUUCCCUAUGCCUUUGCGCCGUGCAUUGCGGUUUGCAGAGACCCGAGAUGGGGUCGGUGUUUCGAGAGCUACAGCGAAGAUCACCGGAUCGUCCAGAACAUGACUGACAUCAUUCUUGGUUUACAAGGAGAUGCACCUCAAAACUACACCAAGGGCUUCCCCUAUGUUGCUGGAAAGAACAAUGUGGCGGCCUGUGCCAAGCAUUUUGUUGGCGAUGGUGGCACACAAAAUGGAAUCAAUGAAAAUGACACCAUCAUCGACCGCAAUGGCCUCUUCGACAUCCAUAUGCCAGCCUACUACGACGCCAUUGCCAAGGGCGUCUCUACCAUCAUGAUUUCUUAUUCAAGCUGGAACGGUGUCAAAAUGCACACCAACCGCGAGCUCAUCACGGGCCUCCUCAAGAACAAGCUUGGCUUCAAGGGAUUUGUGAUCUCAGACUGGGAGGGACUUGACAGGAUCACCACCCCACCAGGUGCAAAUUAUACAUACUCCGUUGAAGCUGGAAUCAAUGCAGGCAUCGAUAUGGUGAUGGUUCCAAAAAAGUAUGUUGAGUUCGUUGGCAACCUCACGUUUCUUGUUAAGAACAACUUCAUCUCCAUGAGCAGAAUCGAUGAUGCUGUGAGGAGAAUUCUGAGGGUGAAAUUUAUCCUCGGUUUGUUUGAGAAACCCAUGGUUGAUCACAGCGUAGCCAAUCAUCUCGGAAAAAAGGAGCACAGGGAAUUGGCGAGGGAAGCUGUGAGGAAAUCUCUCGUGCUACUGAAGAACGGGAACUCCGGGGAUGCUCCGCUGCUUCCCCUUCCGAAGAACGCAGGGAAGGUUCUCGUUGCAGGCAGCCACGCCCAUAAUUUGGGAUACCAAUGCGGCGGAUGGACCAUCGAGUGGUACGGCAGAAGCGGAAGAAUCACAGCUGGCACCACAAUCCUGGAGGCGAUACGAUCCACAGUAGAUCCUUCAACCGAAGUGGUCUUCUCCGAAAACCCUAAUUCCGAAUUCAUCAGCAGCAACGACUUCGCCUAUGCCAUCGUGGUGGUCGGGGAGCACCCUUACGCCGAGACCUACGGCGACAGCCUCAACCUCACCAUCGCGGCCCCCGGCCCGAGCACGAUCGAGACGGUGUGCGGCUCCUCCGUGAAGUGCGUGGUGAUUCUGAUCACCGGCCGUCCGGUGGUGGUGGAGCCGUACGUGGCGUCGAUCGACGCCCUGGUGGCGGCUUGGCUGCCUGGAUCCGAGGGUCAGGGGGUGGCCGACGUGCUGUUCGGCGACUACGGAUUCACGGGGAAGCUUCCGAGCACAUGGUUCAGGUCGGUGGAGCAGCUGCCGAUGAACGCCGGAGACGCGCACUACGAUCCCUUGUUCCCGCUAGGGUUCGGCUUGACGACGGAGUCAAGGAACAAAGAGGGAGACGAGGGUGAAGAAGGGAUUUGGAUCAGCUACAAGUGAUUCGCUGCAAUAAGGAGGGAAGGAAAUAAUCAAAAUUUCUGGAGUUAUGUGUAUAUUGUAAAAAUAAUAAAUAAAUCCUAAAGUUGAAAUA